AUGCUCCGGAUACUUGAUGAGGAUUUUUCUAAAGACAUUAAAGAUUCUGGUCAUGAGGGAGUAGUUCAACAAGAGGAGCAAGAAGAUAAAGAGAGAAGAUACCAUAUUUCUCUCACGGAUAUUUGCACUGACAACCUUAAAAAUACUAGCUUUCAACAAUCUGGAUUUUUAAACAAUACAAUAUCAUUUGCUUCUCAUAUCGUAAAGUGUAGCUCUCCAAUUUCGAGCUUUGAUGAAUCAAUAUCUACUGGUCCACUCGGAACACAUUCACGAAUGCAUAUAUCCCAAGGUCAACACACAAUAAACCCUAUUUCGGAACAUAGCUUUUACAAUAUGCCUGAAUAUAUUUCGGAGCAAGAAAAGCAUAUUUUUUCAGAUUCGGAGCGGUUCUUAAGGUCAAAAAAUAAAGAUGUAUGCAGUAAUGAGAAUGACUAUGUGCAUGAUGAAUUUACCAUGCGGAAAUACUAUCACCCUCUCUUUGCACACGGAGUUUGCCGGUGGCCUGGUUGUGAAAUGGACCUAGAAGAUAUAACAUCAUUUGUAAAGCAUCUUAAUUCGGAACAUGGAUUGGAUGAUCGGUCAACUGCUCAAGCUCGUGUACAAAUGCAAGUUGUUUCUCAAUUGGAAUCUCACCUACAAAAAGAAAGAGAUCGGUUGCAAGCUAUGAUGCACCACUUGUAUCUGUCUAAGCAACUUUUAUCGCCAACAAAGGCGGAUCGAAAGGAUAUAUCCGGAAAAGAUGGAAAUUAUUGCAGAAUGACCAGUCCACUUACAAUGAAUAGUUUAGGACGCACAAUUCGACAAUCAAAUUCUCCGAGCUCUAUUAAUCUACCCAUGGUUAAUUCAACAAACUUGUGCACAAUCAAGAAAAGAAGUAUGGAUAAAACAGCGUUUUCAAUAAAUGGUGGCUUGCCAUAUAUGCUAGAGAGAGCUGGGCUUGAUGUACAACAAGAAAUACAACGAAAUAGGGAAUUCUACAAGAAUGCUGAUGUACGACCUCCUUUUACUUAUGCGUCUCUCAUAAGACAGGCCAUCAUUGAUUCUCCAGACAAACAGCUAACACUGAAUGAAAUAUAUAAUUGGUUUCAAAAUACUUUUUGUUACUUUCGUCGUAACGCAGCUACUUGGAAGAAUGCAGUUCGGCAUAAUCUGUCGCUUCAUAAAUGCUUUAUGCGUGUUGAGAAUGUAAAAGGAGCAGUUUGGACGGUUGAUGAAAUCGAGUUUUACAAACGACGACCACAGCGUACAACUAGCAUUGGUAACAACUUACAAGGAGCUACAAAUUUGCCUGAUGCAAACUAUUUCGUAGCUCUGAAUUUUGGGUACCAAAGUUAG